AUGAGUAUGAAUGGGGAUUCAAAGACUACUACUGGAUAUGGUCAUGUUGUAUAUAGCGAUUUCCCUCCAGACAUAUAUUCUCGUCUAUCUGCACUAUCGCAUUCAAACUUAGUGCACUCUGAGAGUCAUGCUGACUUGUUUGCUGACUCUAGAAGCCAUACUGACCUGUUUAUCGACUCUGGUUCCGACAGUAAUGGUGCUGAAGACGACGCUGUAGAGUAUGGUGAAUGGACACACAGACAGUCAAUGGAAGUCGGCAAUUCUCAUCAUGACAGUCUUCAUCCUAAUCAAACGGAUCAUUUCACUAACAAUGCGGCCAUUAAACCAUCUGCAAGUGAUUAUCAGUUUGAUGUGCAGCAAAGCAAGUCUUUAAACAGAAUGACUACUCUUGAACGAAAGAAACGUAACAAGCCAAAGACCUUCAAGAAACGAGUCUCGACCUUUUUUCGUGGAUUCAACUCGACUUCUCGUCUAGCUUUAGAUGCACAUCAAGAUAAUACUGCCAUCACAUCUUAUUCAAAAAACUCAUCGCAUACUCGCUUGAUAACAGAACCUGCCGUAUCUUCAAUCCAUACUAACACUGCAUCUAAACAUUCUGAUGAUACUGAAUCUACACGACGGGAAACUUCGUUGGGUUCAGAUCCAUCGUCUACUGUUGCAUCUGUAAAAUCACAUACUCCAUCCACUCGACUCGAUCCUAUAUCUAGUUCUGCUUCACCAUCAAAAUUAAAUCUAUACAAUACAUCCUUGACUCGUUCUGCAUCCCAUUCUUCUUCCACCAUUCGUGCCGCCAACAAAUUUAAACUCAAUCUAGGAUUUGGAAAAUCUAGCAAAGCUUCCAAGUCUUUGAAAGAGUUGGCUGCGCUUAAUUCUGCUACUCAAAUGCAACAACACCUUCUUUUGCAAAAAGUACCUCUGCAUCAUGACGAUACUGAAUCUAAUCAUCAGGAUGUGUCCAACACACAGCGUGCAUCUGAUUCUGUCGAUAGGCGACUUACGUCAUCUCAUAAACUUCGUCGCCAUGUAUCUGACAGCUCUCUUGCAUCAAGUGCUGCCAUUUCUUUGGUUUGUCUAGAUGAUCCUUCACUGGAUUUGCAAGAGGAAAAACCAUUUAGACCUCUUCAGCAACGUAUUCUUGAUUUAUUGCAGGCAGAGCACGAUCCUGACAGUGAUGCUGAUUUUCCAGAUGAUAGCGAAACUGUAAUCGACAACGAGCUACACAACACACUACAUCGUAACCCUUUGUCUGAACCACCACAAGAUAGUCAAAAUGAUUCAACACCAAUGCAUUAUAAGCAAGGACAUCCCACUUAUACCGGAAGAGUCGGCAAUGAUUCAGGAGGUCGUGGAAUACAACGAUCGAGGCAAAGCAACUACGAUUUGCCUUUUCUCGGUAUAAUUGAAGCUGAGAAAUUUGCACGACCAGACUCGAGAAGUACCAACAAAUCUGCUGGUCCAUCACGUGCAUUAGAAGAGAUUAAUAAUGUAAUGGAUGAUGUCGAGGCGUUUGUACAAGAAUUGGAUCCAACAUUUCAUAUUUUAUCUGAUCAUGUUACUCUGUCACGUAUUCAAGCACGGCAGUUGUCUGCUGUACCGCAAACUGGUGUGUCAGAACCAAAAAUGCAUAAUCUACCAAGCAAUCAUUCAACAGACAAAGCGUCUGAUUUUGUAUCUAAAGUUGUGCCAGAAACAAUGGCUACAUCUCCCUCUUUGCAAACUUUAUCUCAUACUUUGGUUACACCAACACCGAGUUUUGGAGCAAAAUCAAACACUGAUCUUAUUUUGGGCAAGUUUCCUGAACCAUUAGUUUCAAAACAUGCAGAUUCACCAUCAUCAAAACAUGCCUUUCGACCCAACACAAGUAAAGCCGUCUACACUGGUGACGAGGUUUCCAAUAUAUCACAUUUUGAGUCUGCCUCUACCGAAUCGCCAGCUACCUCGACCGUCAUGUCAAAUAUUGAACUUGCAUACAAGGAAAAAAUACAUGCUUUGGAUGAUACUUUUCCCCAUUCUAAAGAAACCAUUGAUAUUGGUGCUAUAACCUCUACCUCGACUGUUGUUGUCGCGCCUAUUCAAAACAAUGCUUUGAAUAAGAUUGCGGAGCCAUAUGAUCAGCACGAUGUCAACUCGCCUACAUAUUCUAAUGAAGAGCCAUCAAGCACCACGCCUUUGGUAGUUCAAAUGCGUCGUCGGUAUUCUCAAACAUCACUUUUCACUCUUGGUGAUAAACCAGAAAUGGUGCACAUGUCCCCAAAAAGAGGACCGAGUCUUGUUGGUCCAUUUUCAGCAUCUCGCCAAGGAUCAUCAAACUUGUCUAUCUUGUCAUCUCCACUGGAUCAUGAUGGACUGGAUACAAAUACUUCAGCAGCAUCUAUAGAGCUGUUUGAAGAAAAACAUGAUACGGACGAGCAAGUUCUUCAACAGACUACCGCCCCGGUUGUUCAGACACCUACCUUGUCAUUUCCUACCACGCGACUUCGACCCACUUGGUUUUCGGUGACUGCUGGAAGUAAAUUUGUGAAUAGUAGUGGUCAGAAUAACGACAAAAGUCUAGUGUCUUCAGCUCCCGAAUCAGAUUUGGAUGCAUUGAGGUUGCAAACACGACUGAGGCAGCGAGUUUUGGAACAUGUGAAUGCUGGCCCGAAUCCAAGUGUUGUUUCCAAGGCUGCUACCGCGUCUGAACAUGUGGGUAUAAUUGAGCCAGUCACAUCAUCAGUUACUUUAACUGAUAUGGGUAAUGCAUCACAUGAAGCAUUGAGUGCAUCGACAUCAGCAGUUGCAUCGAUAACGCCCUUGGUUUUGACCCCGGUUGUUACAUCAAACAUCAAUACUGCUUCCACAGAUAAUAUGCAUGUUCUAAUUUCACCAUCUGUGGAUGAUGAAUUUGCAGCUGAUUGUGAUCAUUCUUCAGUGAUUGUAUCUGAUACUCAUGACAGAGUCUUUGACGAGUUCACAUCUAUUCCUCCAACGGAUACUGUUUUGCCAAAGUCUUAUGCUACUCUGACACGUUCCAAUGAUCCGUUUGACCAGCACAUUUCUCCAUUUGAUACUAUACAGACUCCAGAUGAUGUUGUGAGACCAUCAUACAUGGAUAUUCCACAUACUGGUGCUGAAUAUUCUACUGAUUUGGACCAUGACACACAGAGUAUGUUGGAUGAUCAUUCUAUAGACUAUAUUGGAUCACCAUUGUCUGUAUCCAAGGCAACACAAUUUGCCCAAUUGAAUUUUACAGAUGUGGAUACCGAUCCAAUUCCACCUACUCGAAGCUCAUCUAUACAUUCAUCCAGUCUUGGACGUAAACCCGGUGUAAAUAUUUUGCGUCGCAUUCAUCAACGUCAACAAGAUUUCAAACCCGACCUUCCACUUGACUGUGAUCAAGUUCAAAACAUCCAUGACGAAACAAGUCUUAUUUCACACAAACCAAUCGAGACUUUUUCGCAGACAUCUUCAGUAUCCCAAUCCAUUCCUAUGAUUCAACUUGGUCGGUCGAAUUCCGAUGCAGUUGUAUAUAAACUCAAACAACAGCAAUCUGAAAUGCAUCAGCAGUUUACAUACGAAAAUACACAGAAACAGUUACUUGAUCCACCUCCACUCGACACGUCUGACAUUCAUGAUAUGUCACGUCAAAGUCAAGAAUGUGUUUCACUGGUUCAAGUCGAACCGAGUAUGAAUCCUAUGUCUUUUAAAGCCAACUCCUUUCGAUCUGUCUCUGCUUUGGAUAUCAUGGAUGCAGAAAUCUAUUCUACUGAUAAAGCCGGCCAUAGUGUGGAAUGUGUCCUGUCUGAACAAAAACAUACACGCGGUAAGAAUAGUAAUGAUGCGGUCAAGUUUUUUGAGCGUUUGAGAGUGCGAUUCUUUAAUAAGCAUGACAACCGUAACAAAGAAAAGGCCAUUGUGCAGCAGGUUAUAGAUGAAUCGGUUGUAGUUUCGCCGUCAAUCGUCAAUGUAUCUCCUGCGUUGGAUGUAGUCACACCUCCACAGCUUACGCAUCAUUCGAAUGCAAGUAUGUCUGAACAGACUAUUUCUCUCAUUCGACGAUUAUCGAGAAAAUUAAGCAAAAAGCGUAAGCACAAGGAGCAGCUAUUGCAUUCUGAAAUGGAGGCAAACAAGAGUAUUGGUGGUGCUGCGCAUCAGGAUUCAACACAUGUGUCUAAUAAUACUACUGGAGUUGUGCCAAAUAUGGAGAGUGUUUCUAAUUUUGCUAAUCUUGAAUGCGAACCUUCUAAUGGUGCUGGCUCUAUAGAAGGAUUAAAGCAAGACAAUUUAAUCAAAAUUCCAUUUGUUCGACAAAACUCAAUGGGCAGUACUAACGCUACUGUAGAGUCCAAUGUUGCCGAGUCUUUAAAAUCAAGGAAAAGUGUCAAAAUAGUUGUAGAAACCGAUGAAAUUGCUAUAGAAACAAACGACAAACUCCACCCAUCUUCGGCACCUUUGUUUCUGGAAGACACCAAAUCUGGAAUCUCGUUCAAAAAGACGACUUAUUUUAAUCGCUCGAGUUUACCCAUUAUUACUUUGCAUGACAACGAUGGCAGCACAUCUCCGACUAAAGAAACUGGUUUAUCGACUCGUCUUGCAUUGAAAACGACACCCAGUUUGAGUAUUAUCACACAAGAGUUGCAUUCUUAUCAACCCAUAAGUGGUGGUGAUUCAAACAUACUGCCAACCAAUACUCGACAUGCUACAACUGACGCAUCAAAAGAUGUGAAUGAAAUGCAUGCAGCUGCGACUUUUUCGACGCUCCCCACCUCGGCUACAGUAUCCACACCUACACCUACUAUUGCAAUCACUCAAUCACCGAAUACACCGAAACAGAGUACUUCAGCAACAACGCCAUCAGAAACUAAACUAGGUGGAUUUUUUGGCAAGAUUCAACGUAAAUUAGCCAAAGGGCUUGCUCGCGGUGAGCGAAACAGCGAAGGUAUUAAAGGAUCUCGAUCAGUAUUUGAUUUCCACCAACUCAAAGGCUCGUCGCCUAUUACACAUCAUUAUGCGGGAAAAGAUACUUUUUACAAUUCUGCCAGCACCAAUCCUAAACGCAGUAGUUGUGAGCCAAGCAUUUCACCUGGACCGUUGUCUGCUGGAGGCGUGAGUGCAUCAUCUGGAUCAUCUAUCAAAUCCAUCACUACCAAGAAACGGUUUGGAAUAUUUGGAUUUGGACGAAAAGCCAUGACAGGAGAAACACAAUCUCCAGCAACACCUACAAGAAAUCAGUCAAUGUGGACAUUUGGAAAUCUUUCACCCACUCCAAUCGAAUCUGAACAUGAUGUACGAGACGAUUUACCGAGCAACACAUCUUGUGAUAUUAGAGGAAAGUCUAUUCCAGAGAACGAUGACAAUGUGCAUCAAGAGAAUAAGCAAAAAGUUUUGAAAAAAAUAGCACUUCCAUUGAUUGAAUCGAGUCACUUUUCAAUGGAUUUGGAAAAGUUGGGAGUGGAUGGAUGGAUUGGAUCAGCACUUGAUCACCACUCGCCAUCCCAUACUACAUUGGUUACAGAAUCUAACCGUCAAUCUAUAUCCAGUCCCAAACAGGACAUGAGCAACAUGGAGGUUAAAUUGAUGCCCAAUGGUGACCAAUCGAUGGAUUCAUUGUUGACUAGCAUCGUAACAGACAAGGAAGCAAGUAAAGAGGAAUUGAUUGCAGUCAAUGAAACCAAUUUGGAUUUCACCAAAACGUAG